CGCUCCGGGGACCCCUCCCGCAGGACGCCAGCCGGUUGCGUUUGCCUGCUGGGACGCUUCCUAGCAGCGAUUCCCAGCCGCAAGGUCAGGAGUCGUACUCGCUUUGAAUCGAUUCAGGCACCGGCCCAGGUCUGCGGGUGCCUCGCAGCGGGCCCUCGCCCCCAAGGCCCGUGCCCCGGGGGCCGUGACCCAGGCGGGGCGGUGCACGCGGCCCGCCCGCUAUAGGCUGCGGCGCGGGGCGGGAGGGGGCGCGGCCUCGGCCAAUGCUGCGGCCGCAGCACGUGGGGUGCGGGAUCGCGAGAGCCAGUGGACCGAUCCUCCGCAGGUGGACUUUGCUAAUCUUGCCUCGCGCCCCAGGCCCGAGCAGAACCCGGGCUCGCGGUGCCGCCUGGAUCCAGCCCGGAGUUUCGGAGGCGCUCUGCCGGCACUGCGCUCGAGGACCCGGGCUAAGCCUGGGGGCCGGCCACAGUGUCUUUUCAAGAUUGAAGGGGCAGCCCUGGACGCGGCUGUUCGGUUGUAGUCUGCAGCCACUGAGGAAGGCGCCUGGUGCUUGGGGAUCGGAGACAUGAAUUACGCACGGUUCAUCACCGCGAGGAGCGCAGCCCGACGGCCUUCUCCCAUCCGCGUCUUUACUGAGCUACAGAACAGGGCACCGAAAUCUGUCAUCUCCUUGGCUACUGGAUCACCAAAUCCAAACACGUUCCCUUUUAAGACUGCUGCUAUCACCAUAGACAAUGGGAAGACCAUCCAGUUUGAUGAACAGAUCAUGAAGAGAGCCCUUCAGUAUUCUGAAAGUGCUGGAAUCCCAGAGCUGUUGUCCUGGCUAAAACAGUUACAAGUAAAAUUGCAUAAUCCUCCCACCCUCCAUUAUCCAUCCAGUCAAGGACAAAUGGAUAUAUGUGUCACAACUGGCAGCCAAGAAGGUCUUUGUAAGGUGUUUGAAAUGAUCGUUAAUCGUGGAGAUAAUAUCCUCCUAAAUGAACCUGUUUAUUCAGGAACACUUCAAGCUCUGCAACCACUGGGCUGCAACAUGAUUAACAUUGCCAGUGAUGAAUAUGGGAUUAUUCCAGACUCCCUCAAAGAAAUACUUUCCAAAUGGAAACCAGAAGAUUCAAAGAACCCCGAGAAAAACACCCCCAAAUUUCUUUAUACUGUCCCAAAUGGCGACAACCCUACUGGAAAGUCAUUAACAAGUAACCGCAAAAAGGAAAUCUAUGAGCUUGCAAGAAAAUAUGAUUUUCUCAUAAUAGAAGAUGAUCCUUACUAUUUUCUCCAGUUCAACAAGCCCUGGGUACCAACGUUUCUUUCCAUGGACGUUGACGGGCGUGUCAUCAGAGCGGACUCUUUCUCCAAAGUUCUGUCCUCUGGGUUGAGAAUAGGGUUUAUAACAGGACCAAAACCCUUGAUAGAGAGAGUUGUUUUACACACACAAGUCUCAACAUUGCACCCCAGUACUUUUACACAGCUCCUGGUAUCACAGCUUCUUUACCAGUGGGGACAGGAGGGCUUCCUGGCCCACAUAGAGAGGGUUAUUGAUUACUAUAGGAGGCAGAAGGAUGCAUUACUGAAAGCUGCAGACAAGUGGUUAAGUGGUUUGGCAGAGUGGCAUGCUCCUACUGCUGGGAUGUUUUUAUGGAUUAAAAUUAAGGGCAUUUCUGAUGUAAAAAAACUGAUUGAAGAAAAAGCCAUUAAGAAAGAGAUAUUAAUGAUUCCUGGAAAUGCUUUCUACAUUGACAGCUCAGCUCCUAGCCCUUACUUUAGAGCAUCCUUCUCGCUGGCUUCUCCAGAACAAAUGGAUAUAGCCUUCCAGAGAUUAGCUGAACUUAUAAAAGAAUCUGUGUGAAGACAUCAACUCUUCAUAGUACUCAUGGACUUUUUAAAUAAAUUCAAUGUUUUAGCAGCAAGAAAUGAUCAUUGAUUAAGACUUACAGAUUGUGUUUCAUCAAACAUGUCAUAUCUGUAGUCAUUAACUAGACAACUUUUAAAGUGCCCUUAAAUCUACCAUAUUGCCAAAAUAUAUUUCUAAUCCAUGUAUACCUUUUGAUAAAUUUUCAACUUGAAAAAAAUUAUUUUUAUCAUGAAUUUUAUUGUAAAGAACUUUGUAACUGCUUUAUAAUUUCCCUUAAAUUUUCUUUGAAACUAACAUUUGCAGUAAAUUAUUUUGAAAAUGUAAAAAUAUAAGUCCAAAAUGGUAUGUAAUGUAAACUUUUUCUAUGUUUUAGGAAAAUAUAAUAAAAUCUUGUUGCAAAAAUUAUUAGAAUUUGACCUUUAUAAAUGAUUUCAGUAAGAAUACCACAGAUUUUAUGUUAUGCCAUAAAAAUCCCUUUAAAAUAAAAUUUUGAAACUAAACAUA